GAUACUGUGAUCAUCGUGUACUCCGUCCAUAUAAGAGGAAAUUUGCUGACAUUGAUGACUGUGGUAUAAAUUGUUAAUAAUACAAUGAACAUCACUGUUACACCAUCAGACCUGGUGGACAUGCCAAGACAGCAGAACUUCAAUGGCACCCUGGGCAUGACCCCAUCAGGCUGGGCUGUGAUCCAUACCGCUACCCUGACCUUUUGCUCCCUCCUCCUCAUCUUCAUCUUCUGCUUGGGCUCCUACGGCAACCUCGUGGUGUUCCUGUCCUUUUUCGACCCGGUGUUUCGCAAGUUCCGCACCAACUUUGACUUCAUGAUCCUCAACUUGUCCUUCUGCGACUUGUUCAUCUGCUGUGUGACUGCUCCCAUGUUUGCAUUGGUGCUCUUUUUGGAUGCUGGUGGAGGGGAUGGUGUGUCGAAGAGUUUCUGCUUCGCCUUCCACUUGACCAGCUCGGGCUUCAUCAUCAUGUCCCUGGAGACGGUGGCUGUCAUCGCUUUGCACAGGCUGCGCAUGGUUCUGGGGCAGCAGCCGAACCGUACCGCCUCCUUCCCCUGCACGCUGGCCCUCACUGCCCUGCUGUGGACGUCCAGCUUCACCAUGGCAGCUCUGCUUACCAUGCGAGCGUACCCACGUAGAGAUGGACCCUGCUUGCCUCACUUUGGCCUGGGAGGUGGACAGGCUAGGGUUGUGUUGUACGUCUACCUUGCUGACUUUGCGUUUUGUGUAGCUGUGGUGUCAGUGUCCUAUCUGAUGAUUGCUCAGACUUUGAGGAAGAAUGCACAAGUGAGGAAGUGUCCCGUCAUCACUGUAGAUGCAACAUGCCCUCCACCCCCACCACCUCUCAUUGCAGCUGGCUUUGAGAGCAUGCAGUGUGCUGUUCAAGGCCCCUCUCUGUACCGUAACCAGACUUAUAACAAGCUGCAGAACGUUCAGACACACUCUUACGUCAACAAAACCAACCAGCCUCUGGUUCCAGGCGCCGCCCAAGGAGCCACCUGCUGUCAGAUGGUGUCGACAGUCAACUUGGCCACAGCUAAAGACUCUAAGGCUGUUGUCACCUGUGUUGUUAUAGUGUUCUCUGUGCUUCUUUGCUGCUUGCCGAUGGGAGUUUCACUGGCACAGGAUGUUUUGUCGCCAGAAAGUAGCUUUGCACAUUACCAGUUUGAACUUUGCGGCUUUGUGCUGAUUUUUCUCAAGUCGGGCAUCAAUCCUUUUGUGUACUCACGUAACAGCGCAGGCCUUCGCCGUCGCGUGCUGUGCUGCAUGCAGUGGGCGGCGCUGGGCUUUCUCUGUUGCAAGCAAAAGACUCGUCUGCAUGCGAUGGGGAAGGGAAGCCUGGAAGUCAAUCGCAAUAAAUCCUCCCAUCAUGAAACCAACUCAGCCUAUGUACUGUCACCCAAGCCGCAGAGGAGGCUGGUAGACCAGGCUUGCGGACCGAGUCACUCCAGAGAUUGUGCUGGCAGUCCAAGAGCCACAGGUGCUCGCAAACCUCGCCCCCCGAGCACCUCGACACCUAUCAACACCCGUAUCGAGCCCUAUUACAGUAUAUACAACAGCAGUCCCUCUGCAGGGCCCAGCUCCCCUACCAGCCUGCAGCCCGUCAGCUCUCAGACAUUUGCCUUUGCCAAAUCUUAUGUAGCCAUGCACUACCACACUCACCAAGACGCACUGCAAGACUUUGAAAGCACCUCAGUGCACCAGAUUCCCAUUCCCUCAGUCUAACCACAGAGCUGCUGGACAAAAAGGUUUGGACAAUCUUGCCAUGGCUUUAAAUCAAAUGUGAAUCAAAAGAGGAAGAUGAAAAGCCCAUUUUAUGUAUUUGGAAUCUGUAUUAACCUUUUGUUCUCUUCUACAGUGGAAAUACAUGUUCAUUUUCUUGAGUGGACAAAUUAAAGAAUCAGUAUUAUGAGCCUUGUCAUGAAACUAAGAACAAGCAAUAGAUUUGUUAUGAAAGUGUCUGUUCUUUUACAGAUAUUGCAUUUUCACAUAAA